AUUUAAACCGGAAUCUAAACGCCGCUGGUAAACGCAGCUGGGUCGGCGAGGAAAGGUUGAAAAUAGAGACAACAGAGCGGGAAUUGUGGAUAAAUCAGCGGGGUCUCCUUCUGUAAUACAGUAUGGAGCCUUCCCCCAGUUCACAGGGCAGCAGUAAACCUCGACAGAGGAAAAAGAACCACCACAGAGCCCCCAAAGAUCAGAACGUCCAGCAUCAGCACCAGAACGGCCCGUCCAGGGCCAAACCCGCCAAACAGCAGGAGCUGGGGGACGAAAACGAGAGUUCACCUGCCAGCAGGUGUGGAAACCGGAACCGGAGGAGGAAUCAGAGCGGGUCAGAGUCGCCCCACGUCGACUCGCUCUGUACCAGGGAUGGGACGGCCAGUCAGAGUGAGGACAGCGCCGGACCGGUGAACAGGCAGCCGGGUCAGCGCAGCGAGACGCCGCGGAGAAAAAACUGCACAGCUGCAGUGAAACGGCAGAACAGAGAGCCCUGUGUUAUCAGGGACGGCAGCGCGGAGUCAGAAACGCCUCCCACGACCAGACUGACCCCCGCAAAACAACAGCCAAGGAAACAAAACAGCACGAAAUGCAUGAAAGCGGCCAGUGUCCAGUCCCGACCCACAGACAGCGACUCCUGCAGCCCGCACGACGGAGAGGAGCAAGAGAAGAAGAAGAAAAAGAGGAGGAAGAAGAGGAAAUCCAAAGCUGGCACUGAAGAGAAGAUGGAGGGCUCGGCCGUUUGUGGAGCUGAAAAGCCGCAGACUCCGCUGAAGACAAACAGAACUCCGCAGUGUGAAGGUCCUACAGCAGCUUCUCCAGGCAGUAAGAACCGGAGGAACCGAGGAGGAAGGAGGAGAGUGUUUGAGGACUACAUGACCCUCAGAGAUGUUUCUGCUGGACUGAAGAGAGGAGAGCUCAUUCAGGGGUCGCUGAGAAUCAACCCCAAGAACUAUCACGAAGCGUUUAUUCCAUCUCCUGAUGGGUUAGCAGAUAUCUUCCUGGACGGAGUUGUGGCCCGUAAUCGAGCUCUAAACGGAGACGUGGUGGUGGUGAAGCUUCUCCCUUCUGAGCAGUGGAAGGUGGUGAACGGAGAGGAAUGUGAACCGACUCCUGCAGGUAAAGGUCCAGCAGGUCAGGAACGGGCUGGAGACCCCAGCAGUCCAGAUGUUAUAGUGGAGGCCCAGGUUGAUGAGGAGCAGGGGGAGCUGAUCCGUAAACUGGAGUCUGUCAGUCUGCAAAGCAAAGCUCCUGCCACUCCAAAAAAUGGAAAACACUCCAGUGUAUGCAGUACGCCUGGCUCUACAGCAGAAAAGACUGUUCAGAGGACAGGAAAGGUGGUUUAUAUUGUUGAGGAAAAGCACUCAAGAGCAGCUUCAGGAUUUAUAAAAUUCCUCCCAGACAAGCAUUUUGCCAUGUUCUCUCCUGCUGAUCAUCGAGUUCCCAGAGUGAAUGUUCCGCUGACCGAUUGCCCCCCAGACUUUCCCUCUCGGCCUGGGGAUUACGCUAACACGCUCUUCAUCUGCAGGAUAACGCACUGGCCUUACGACAACACCUUCGCAGAAGGGCGACUGGCUAAAUCGUUAGGCCAAGCAGGUGAAAUUGAGCCAGAGACGGAGGGAAUCCUGAUUGAGUAUGAUGUAGAUUUCUCAGAGUUUUCAGAAGAAGCUUUGGCAUGCCUCCCUCAAAACCUUCCAUGGACUAUCCCAGCUGAGGAGCUCGCCAAAAGAAGAGACCUGAGAAAGGAGUGUAUAUUCACGAUUGACCCAGCGACUGCCAGAGAUUUGGAUGAUGCUCUGUCCUGCAAGCAGCUUCCAGACGGAAAUUUUGAAGUUGGCGUUCAUAUUGCCGAUGUGAGCUAUUUUUUGGAGGACGGCACUGCUUUGGAUUUUGUUGCCAGCACAAGAGCUACAAGCGUGUACCUGGUUCAGAAGGUAAUCCCGAUGCUGCCGCGUCUCCUGUGUGAGGAACUGUGCAGUUUGAAUCCUCAGACUGAUCGGCUAACGUUCUCCGUCAUUUGGAAACUUUCUCCAAAGGGGAAGAUCCUGAGUGAAUGGUUUGGCCGUUCGGUGAUCCGCUCAUGUGUGAAGCUCAGUUAUGAUCAUGCUCAGAGCAUGAUCGAAGCCCCUGAUAAAGAAUUUAGUGCAGAGGAACUUCCAGCCUGCUCCCCUGAACACCCGCUUCAGCGCGUCCACCAGGCCGUCCUGCACCUGCACAGUAUCGCCAAACACUUGCGUGCCCAGCGCUUUGAGGGCGGAGCCCUCCGACUCGACCAGAUGAGGCUGGCGUUUAGCCUGGACGCGGACUCAGGCAUGCCUCAGGGCUGUUAUGUCUACCAGUACAGAGACAGCAACAAGCUGGUAGAGGAGUUCAUGUUGCUGGCCAACAUGGCGGUGGCCCACCAGAUCUACCGUAAAUUUCCUAAGCUAGCCCUGCUGAGGCGGCACCCCUGGCCACAGAGCCGCAUGGUGGAGGUGCUGCAGGAGCUGUGUGAUCAGAUGGGGCUGAGCAUCAACCUGGAAUCAGCCGGAACUCUGCACAGGAGUCUGAAUGAAACUGUGGGGAAUGACCAGUACAGCUUGGCCAGGAAGGAAGUCCUCACUCACCUGUGCUCCAGACCCAUGCAGAUGGCGUUGUAUUUCUGCACGGGGAUCCUGCAGGAUGAGAAGCAGUUCAGUCACUACGCUCUGAACGUUCCUCUCUACACUCACUUCACCUCUCCGAUCCGCCGCUAUGCCGACAUCAUUGUCCACCGCCUGCUGGCCGCGUCCAUCAAGUGCGGACCCCGCCUGCGCCUGAGUGACGAGGAGGUGCAGAAGCAGGCGUCUCACUGUAAUGAUAAGAAGACGGCGUCUAAAAGAGUUCAGGAGAUGAGCACUGAGCUCUUCUUCAGUGUCUUCGUCAGGGAGUGUGGUCCUCUGGACUCGGAGGCGAUGGUGAUGGGGAUGCUGGAUAAAUCCUUUGAUGUGUUGGUGCUUCACUAUGGAGUCCAGAAGAGGAUCUACUGUAAUGCUAUAGAGGGUCUCCAGUCUUUCCAUUUCCGUAAGGUGGGCAAACGACCUGAAAUGACCCUCGUCUGGGCACCUGGGGACCUGGAACAGGGCACCUUUACACAGGAGAUCUCCCUCUUCUCUCUUGUGAACGUGCAGCUGAGGAGCGACGCAGCUCAGCUGAAGUACAGCGCAGUGCUGAGGAGACCUGAACGACCAGAGCCAUAAUCUCACACACACACACACACACACACACACACACACACACAGCUGUACAGACCUAUAGGAAAAAAGCCCACACUGACCGCUUAGUCGUGUAGGCAGGCCGCUAGCUCUCACAGUGAUUAGCUUUAGCUGUAGCCGCCCUGCCUCCCAGAUUAAGCGAUGAACUCCGUUUUAAUUCGUCGUGUUUUAGAGUUUUUUAUUUUAAGCCUCUGAGUGGCCAGUUUUAGGCCGGACGGCGCUGCUGCUGUGUAUUUUGUUGCUGCUUUUCGAUUUAGCAUUAACUAGUUAAUGGAGCUCAGGGCUCAGGCUGACUGUGCUGCGCUGUAGAGCGAGGAACUCCCGGAUGGGCUUUAAUAGAAUAGCCGACUGUGAGGAACGUCCAGCAGGAGACGAGCUAUUGGACAGCGCUCAUGUUGGGAUGGUCUAGUUUUUUCAACCUGCUACAUCAGUAGAGUCCAGAUGCACAACAACCUUGCGUCUUGAGGUUUUUUACUUUAGUGCAUGUUGUGGAAACUCUUACGUUUUGCCUCGUGUUAAAAUUUUGUGAUAAAUGGACAAAUAGAAGUGCUCCAGAAUUCCACGGGGGAAAAAAUCAUUUUACAUGAAUUUCUGCUGCGAGUUUUUUCCUUUGGAGACGCUGACUGUACGAUGACAGCGUGAGCGGUGAUGAGCAGCAGCUCGUCCGCCGAGUCGGAGACUUCUCUGUUCUCUCAGCCCAGAGAAACGGCUCAUCCGUGCUCACGAUGCUUUAGAUGAGCAUGUUCAUCACGCUGAGCCGCUGUGGGCUGCUGAUGCAGCAGAUGGAGAUUCGGGGGGGAAAUGUCCUUGGAUUACUGGUUUAUCCUACUCGUGUCCGGAGGCGCCAUGAGUUAGUUAUCAUUUUAUAGCUUGUUAUCUUGAGAAGUUAAUUAUCUUGUUAUCUCAAGACAAAGUUGUGAUCUUGUAGCGAGUUAUGUUAUUAUCUACAGAUUUUGAAUUAAUUCAUUAUCUUGUUCUCAAGAUAACGUUAUCUUGAAAUAAUGAGUUAUGUCUUAUCUCAAGAUAGCAAAAGUUGUUUAUCUUGAAAUAAGCAGUUAGAUAUCUUAUCUCGAGAUCUUGAAAUAGCAAGUUGGUUAUCUCAAGAUAAGUUAUCUUGACAUAACGCAUUUAUUCCGAGAUGACUGUUAUCUUUAGAUGAGUUAUCUAACUCAAUUUAUAAGAUAAGUUGUUCAUCUUGUGAAAACAAGUUAUUUUGACAUAACCAGUUAAUUAUCUUGUGAUUGCAAAAUAACAAAGUAGUUAUGUUGAAAUAAGGAACUAGAUAUCUCGAUCUUGAAAUAGCAAUGUAGUUAUGUCAAGAUGUUAGUUGUCUUGUUCUUUUGAAGUUAUCUUGAAAUAAGGAGUUAGAUAUCUUGACAUAAGUUGUUAUCUUGGGAUAAUGAGUGCCGUGUUUUACAUGGUCACACUACCAGUUUCCAGGUCAACACGCUGACUGGACCACGUUCCGGCUACUCAAUACUAUACUAUACACCUCAGUGGGCGGAGCUUGGAGCUCCUCAGCAUGGGCCCAUCGUUAGUGUGACGCUGUCCUCGUCAAACACCCCGUCGCUCCAGCACAGGCGCCGCAUCAGUCGCGCUAAAACAUCACACUGAAAAUGGCUCUUCGUCAACUUCAGAAGUUGUGAAUCGUAGAUAAUUUUGUUCUCCCAAUGGGAGGCGCUGUUUUACCGCGGGUUUCGGGGUCACCUGCGAGUGUUGGUUCUACUUCCGUUUGUUUUACUCUGCUUUAGGCUCGUGUGAUACCUCCAGCUUUAUUGGCUGGGACUUUUAUUUUACUUUUUAUCAUUUUUUCUCAUUCUUUUUUAGACUUGCCUCUUUUUUUUAUUAUUUUAACUUCUAAUUUCAAAGCUUCAGAGUUUUAAUUUAAUGUGAGCGUUGUGACGUGCUGGGCUGUCUCUGGGGUUUACUGAUGCGCUCGUUUGAGCGCUGUUGGGCGCAGCGUGGGGUUCAAAAUCAGUAUGGGGUUUUUCUCACGUAAUCCUGGAAAUGAAUGCCAAUUUUUACAAUGUUGAGACAUUUAAAACAAAGAAGUUCAGACUGUGUUCAGACUCUCAGGUGCAUUUGCUGAUCGGCUUUUGACGGGCAAAAAUGGGGAAGCAUCACCAGAUACUAAGAAAUUCAUGUUAAAAUUUCAGAAAUGUGUCACUCAAAUGAUCAUUUCUAAUGAAAAUCAUUGUUAUGAAUGAUAAAAGUCUUUACAGUGGUGGUGAUGGGAACCAGGCGUCGCCAUGACUACAACACAGAUAUAGACACUUUAUUUACCAUCCAGAACCAACAGAGCACCUACACGAGUCUUCUGAGU